CGUCAUUCACCCGCGACGCCGAUACGGUUCCUCCACCGAGGCGCAUGCGAAGGUGCCUACUAUGGCUUCCAGCGGGGUCCCGGUGAGCGCUGCUGGCUCGGCUAAUGAAACUCCCGAAAUACCAGACAACGUGGGAGAUUGGCUUCGGGGCGUCUACCGCUUUGCCACAGAUAGGAAUGACUUCCGGAGGAACUUGAUACUAAAUUUGGGACUCUUUGCUGCGGGAGUUUGGCUGGCCAGGAACUUGAGUGACAUUGACCUCAUGGCACCUCAGCCAGGGGUGUAGCCAAGUAGACAAAUGGAAUCCUGUGCUGAACCCGAAUCUUCCAAAAAACAGCCUACAAUCUGUGACCACCACAAGAUGUGCCCUGAUGGCAGCUGAAGUUUGAUUCAGAUGGGCACUUUUCUUCCCUCUCCCUGCCUAGUUUCCUUUUGUUCCUUGAAUCCACGCAGAAUUCCAUUCUCUGGUCAGCCGACAGGCUUAAACUAAAGUAUGGCCUCUGUUCUAUAAAGUUCUGUACAUAGUUCCCAAGCUUCUGCAGGGGGUGAUCUUUGCUCUUGUCCUGAGAAAUAACAGUGCUGUUUUAACAAACAUUUGAAAUAAAUACCGCACACAAAAGCA